UGGGCAUAAUGGGCAUGUCAAAGGUCAUAGGUUCGAAUCCCGUGAGCAAACCGUAAAGGAAAACAUCGUGAGAAAAAUAAAAACACUUAAAAAUCUUUAGGGUGUGUUAAACCACAUCAUGCAGUAACAGAAAUCAGGCGUACGAAUUAUUUAGUACCAGAUCGACAUGCAACGGAUGGCGUAGCAUGUCGUCACGUCUUAAUACUUUAAUAGUAUGUUUCGAUCUUUCAAGUUUUUAGAUUCUUUUGGUUAAUUAGUGCUUGGAAUUAGUAGACUUGAUAAAAAUGACUAUUAUUUUUCUUACAAUUUCAAACAAGUAAGUGCUCGAGCUCGAUUAGUAAAACCAUCAAGUACAAAUUCCUAAACGUUUAAUCAACGUGAAACGUCUCGUCUGCUUGACGUUCCGUUUGACAAAUAAUUUUAUAUUAAUGUUAUUUGUACCUGAGAUGUGUAUGUUUUAUCUCAAAACUAAAUAAUAACAGCGCUUAACUGAUAAAACAAGUAAAUAUUGACUUAAUUAUAGUAGUCCGUCUAAGUCCAAAACGUUAAUGAUAGGGGCUAAGUAUAACAGAAAACAUAAGAAUACGAAACUAGAUUUUUAUCGAGAUCAUUGUUUUUUAAAUAAUAAUGGAUGAAAAGAAUCCAUUGCAAGUAAGUUCGUUACCAACUGAUGAUAGUAAUGACCAAAUUCUUAAUAAGAGCGGAAGACCAAAUAUGAAAAGCAUGGUGAAAUUUAGUCCACAGCCCAAAUCUAUUAUAGCAAAAAUGUUAUCUGAAAUCAAAACAAAAACUAGCAGUAGUAAUAAAGAUGACGACGACAUCAUAAUAUGCCAAAGUGAUCAAACUUGUGAUAUUGUUGAAACUGAUAAGACUGAGGAACAUGUUUGUCAGACUUGCUCUCACAGAAGUGACAGUCUCAAGGAGCAUAGAAAACAUGUAUCUACACAUCAACAGUUUUCUUGCAACUAUCCAAAUUGUAGUUAUUCUUGUAAACUAUCUUCAAACCUCAUAAAACACAAAAGAGUUCACACAAAUGAAAAACCUUAUCUCUGUGACAGAUGCUCAUUUAGAUCUAAUUUUGUAAAUUCUCUUAAAGCUCAUAGAAGAAUACACACUGCGGAGAAGCCAUAUCAAUGUGAACACUGUAGCUAUAGAUGUAAUAGCAGUUCCAAUCUAAAGAAACACUGCAAUCUUAGACAUUCCAAAACUCCAAAUGGAAAUUAUAAGUGAUCACAAAAACCAAAGUAUCAAUGUGUAAAGCAGUUGCUGUGUGUACAUAUAAUACACAUUAAAUAAAAUUGAAGGUGUAUCUCAUGUUUAGCACCAUUUUAUUUUGAAACAUUUGUUUGUCAUAAGUGAAAACAAUGUAAACACUAUGCUAUAUUUUUUUGAGAUUGCAUUAUUGAUAAUUUUAUAAAAAUAUUCACUUAAUGUCUAAUGAAUGA